CGGUGGGGUCCCAUUGGACAUUGUCCCAAGUGUAUCCCCGUUGGACUACACGCGUCACUUCCUGAACGGCUUGCUGGGUUUCCCAAAUUUACCAACUCUGCCACUUCGGCCAUCGGAACCGGAUGACGACGAAUCAUGUCCUCACUCCCCACUCGCAUCCUUCCUUCGUCCUCCUCACUAUAAAUUAAAGCCCUCGAGCAUCCUCAAGAUUUUCACUCCUAAAUGAAAAGCAUCGAAGAGAAACUUUUCUGAUUAUCGAUUUCAGGGAGAACAGUGUUCUAGGGUUAGGGUUUUUGAAGAGAAUGGGGAGAGGGAAGGUUCAGUUGAAGCGAAUCGAAGAUAAGAACAGUCGGCAAGUGACAUUCUCGAAGCGACGUACCGGAUUGAUCAAAAAAGCUCGCGAACUCUCCAUACUCUGCGAUGUCGAGAUCGCUCUCAUCGUCUUCUCCGCUAGAGGCAAGCUCUACCAGUUCUGCACUGGCGACAGUUUAAGAAAAGUCCUAGAGCGCUAUCAGAUUCACAAAGAUGCAGAAGUUGCUGGCAGUAGUGUUCAAGAAUCCAAGAAGCUUACGGAGGGAUAUAUGGAUUUCAGUAGAGGCACCAACCUACUUCAAAUGGUUCAAAGGCACUUUGAAGAGCAAAAGAUUGAGCAGCUAGAUGUGGCAGAGCUCACUCAAGUAGAACACCAAUUAGAUGCUAUACUCCGCCAAACCAGAAUCAAAAAGUCACAGCUAAUGAUGAAAGCUGUCACGGCUCUCCAUGAAAAGGAGGAACAGCCAAGAGGGGGAAGGCAAUUAAUGGAAAAAGAGAUCACAGCAAUGAUCAAUGAGGCCACCAUGGACGACGAUUGCCGCCGCCACCAGCAGCAGCAGACGCAGCAGGGGGACCCAGAUAUGGACCUGGAGCUGUAUGGCUACACUAACAAUACAAACAACAACAACAGUAGUACAGGUAGCGGCGGUGGUGGUGUGUAUCAUCAUCUCCAACAAGAAGAAAGUAUGUUUUAUUUGCUUUGAAGGCGGCGCUGAAGAAGAAGAAGAAAAAGAAGAAGAAGCAGCAGCUAUUACUAUUAUUAUUAUUAUUAUUAUUAAGUUGUGUCAUUCCUCUCGAAGGAAAGCAAAUAGUGAUGUUUUACCCUCAGCGCCACCUGGCUCAUCCUCUACCUUUCACUUCUGCUGGUUCUAGUACGGUACAUAUAUAUGUUUGUGUGAUAUCUUUUAUAUGCCUUCGAAUCAAUAAUGUUUGAGUUGAGAGGGGGGAUCCAAAUCCUUGUUCUCAACUCUAUCUCGGACUUUGUUUUUCGGUUGGACCGUAUAAAAAGCGUAAAAGGUGUUGGAUACUUAAUUAAAUCUGGUGACUGGACCUGACCAUGCCACCUGUAUCCACGUGAUUCUGCUUA